AGUAAAACAUAAGUUACAUUUUUCUUUGCAUAGUAUUUAAAAUUUCUUUGGACCACCGUAAAAGUGAACCAAAUUUUUUAUUAAACCGGUUCGUUUUGGUACUUAAAAGAAAACAAAUAAUUGUGAUUGAAAUUAAGUACAUGAAAUGGCGAAUUCUAUGUUUGAUAUAUUCGGCGAUCACCUAGUGAGACAUGGUUUGAAAAAUGUCUCUCGCCAGCCGCUAUCCAACAAUGAAAAUAUAGGCAAAGUUCUGACUGGAUCGACUGAACCUCUAAAGAAAGGUGGUGGUGAAACGAAAAAGAAGUCCUUCCUCGCGAACACAGGAAAAGCUUUACAAGGUACUCCCUUAAGACAAGUGUUUACGCCACGAGCAGUGAAUGUAGGUGCCCUCAUCUACAAAGAUCCAGAUACAAAUGAUAAAGAAAUUGAUAAUGAAAAAUUUGAAUUUACUAAGCCGACAUAUCAAUAUGAUAAUUUCUCAAAAGACAUGCAUGACUUCUUGGCUUUACCUUUGCCAGAGAUAGCCGAAGAUAUAUCUCCUCCCAACACACCGCCACCUUUAAUCAAGCACACAAUAUCAAUGGAAUUUGAAGAUUCAUAUGAGGAUGAUUUUUUUACUGAUGACUUUUCCAAUGAGUGCAUUCAAGAUGAUGACCUGGGAUUACCUGAUAUUUAUUGAUUACCAUUAUAAAUUAAAUGUCUUACAUUUCAUAUAAGUAAUUUAACUAUUUGUGACUUGAGGAAAUCAAUAAUUGCCUAAUUUAUAUUCAUUUCAUAUAAUGUUACAAUUCUGUCAAUGAUUUAUUGUAAAAUUAAUUGGAAAUUCAUUGUUUUCUUUAUGAUUAAAGUAUAUAAGGUUACUAAUUUUUCAUCUGCCUCUUUAUAUAUUACUUAAGAUAGUUUUGCUUGUUAUAUUUUUCUAAAUAAAACCACUGCAAUUAU